CUGUUUUUCAACAAUGGCUUCUAUAGUUUAUCUUCUCCGUACUCUCAACUCUCCAAACCUCACGAAAUCAUGCUAUUAAGCAUUUCUUCUUCUCCAAUUUCUCAUCGAAUUCCUCACUUCCUCUCUACUUUCAACAAUCCCACUUCAAAUUUUCCUCCAAAAUCCAAAACCCAUCUCCCAAAAUCUCAUCUUUCCACCAAUCUCUCCACUUUAUCGAAUCAUAGCUUCUACGGCACCAAGAACAGAGCUUUACUCAGAAACAAGAGAUACCCACAUUACAGAACACAAGCUCUCGCUGGAUUCGAUUUCGGAAGUUUCGAAUCAGUUCUCGAAGCUUCCGCUGUUCUCACUGCGAUCAUCGUCGUCCACGAGACUGGUCACUUUUUAGCUGCUUCUCUUCAAGGUAUCCAUGUGAGUAAAUUCGCGAUAGGGUUUGGUCCGAUUCUAGCUAAAUUCAAUUCCAACAAUGUCGAAUACUCUCUUAGGGCUUUUCCAUUAGGUGGAUUUGUUGGAUUCCCUGAUAACGAUCCCGACAGUGGAAUCCCUCUAGACGACAAAAAUCUUCUCAAGAAUCGACCCAUUUUGGAUAGAGUGAUUGUGGUUUCAGCUGGAAUUGUCGCUAACGUUAUCUUCGCUUACGCUAUAAUCUUUACUCAAGUGGUAUCUGUUGGAUUACCAGUUCAAGAAUCGUUUCCUGGAGUUCUUGUUCCAGACGUUAAGUCUUUCUCUGCUGCUUCUCGUGAUGGAUUGCUUCCGGGAGAUGUUAUCUUAGCCGUUGAUGGCACUGAGCUAUCUAAUUCCGGUUCUGAUUCGGUUUCUAAAGUCGUUGAUGUCGUGAAGAGGAAUCCGGACCACAAUGUGUUGCUCAGGAUCCAAAGAGGGAAGGAGAGUUUCGAAAUCCGGAUCACGCCGGACAAGAGUUUUGAUGGAACGGGGAAAAUCGGUGUUCAGUUAUCACCGAAUGUUAGAUUCUCUAAGGUGAGACCGAAGAACAUACCAGAAGCUCUUAGUUUCGCUGGUAGAGAGUUCUUUGGCCUCUCUUACAAUGUUUUGGACAGUUUGAAACAAACUUUCUUGAACUUCUCUCAAACCGCUAGUAAAGUUGCGGGUCCAGUGGCGAUCAUUGCGGUUGGAGCAGAGGUGGCGAGAUCAAACGCGGAUGGGCUAUACCAGUUUGCAGCAUUGCUGAAUCUAAACCUUGCGGUGAUCAAUCUAUUGCCUUUACCGGCUCUUGAUGGUGGAACUUUGGCGCUGAUCUUAUUGGAAGCGGUUCGAGGCGGGAGGAAAUUACCGUUAGAGGUGGAACAAGGGAUUAUGUCUUCUGGAAUCAUGCUUGUGUUAUUUCUCGGUUUAUUUCUCAUCGUCAAGGACACACUUAAUCUUGAUUUCAUCAAAGAAAUGUUGUAACUUGUAAGCUAUUGGGUAUAGAAGAAACAGGAACAAAGGUAUCUUGAGAAACCUAAACCGGAGAAGUUUACGAGUUAAAAAACCACUCUGGCAUAAAAUCCAAUUCUAAAU